AAUGAAAUGCUAAUGAAUAUAACGACAGAGAGUCAUGUGAAUUAGAUUCAAUUCCCUGAUACCAUUAUAAGUUUUCCGGACCCUCCUUCCUCGGAUCUAUAACUUACUAAUUCAAUGGUGAUGGUUAUAGAGGAAGGAAGUGUUGUGGCUUCUCGGUGUAGCUAUCUGCCUUUAUUUCAUUUAUAUUUGUAACUUCGGGUUUUAAAAUAUUCAUCAGUGAACAUACAACCAAAAUUCUGAAUCCAUCAUUUUGGAGAUCGCUAUAUCAUUAAACUAUUUUACUUCGGCUCACAAUUAGGCCGCUUAGCAACUCUUCAGCAUACAAUUACUUCACAUACAACUAAUCAGCCAUGCUUCUACUUUACAGUCAAAAUAAGGAUGUGGAUACGGAUACUGAUGAUGAGGGCACGGAUACAGAUGGUGAGUCAUUCGUGACUGCGAAAACAUCGUUGCCAUUAGAUGCAAGUAUUGUCGAGGGUAGAAAAAUCUUUACGAAACUUGGUACAAGCGAGCUAAGAUUAUCCAUUUAUGAUAGAUAAAACAUGCUAAUAUACCAUUAGAGAACAACCCAGAAUUCAUGAAUAAACUCGCAGUGAAGCUUGGUCUUUCCCCCGCUCUUAAAUUUUACGACGUUUAUUCACUUGUUGAAUCGGAAUUACUCGGAGAUAUCCCUCGCCCCGUCUACGCCCUUCUUUUCAUCAUUCCAUUAACUUCUGCCUGGGAAACAAUCCGGCUUGCAAAAGACACAGCAAGAGAGCCUUAUGAGAAAUGUGGCGCUGAUGAGCCUAUCAUUUGGUUUAAACAAAUAAUAAGUGGUGCUUGUGGUGCCGUUGGUCUCUUACAUUGCCUUCUCAAUGGUCCAGCUCAAGAAUACAUCCUCCCUGACACUACAUUAUCUCAACUUUAUGAAAAAAGUAUUCCUUUAAAUCCGGGUGCCCGAGCAGAGCUAUUAUAUAACAAUGAAGCAUUAGAGGAGGCUCACCAGUCUUGUGCAGAAUUGGGCGAUACAAAACCACCACCACUUGGAAAAGAUAAUUUAGGACUGCAUUUUGUGGCUUUUGUAAAGGGAGAUGAUGGAUGGCUGUGGGAAUUGGACGGAAAUAGAGUGGGUCCAGUUCGAAGGGGACCAUUGGAAGAGGAUGAAGACCUUUUGAGUGAGCAUAUAUUGAAGCGGUGUAUUGGAGGACUUGUUGAGAUGGAUGGAGGUAGGGAUUAUAGGUAUAGUUGCAUUGCGCUAGCUAAGGAUCCAGCCCAGUCUGUCAGUUUGCCUAUUCAUUCUCUCGAUCGUGGUCGUUCACUUAGAGAUGAAGGGGUACCACGGCGUGGAAUCUGGGAUCCAACUUAUCGUCAUCCAAGCUGGUCCCCUCCACCACCGGAUCAUGGGGGAAAACUUCCAGUAGAGUAGCAAGAUCAGUGAUUUCAUUAUGCUUCGUACUUCAAAAGGUGGAGGUAUUAUUGAGGCUAACAGCGUCAAAGAGUAGUUUAAAUACAGCGUCUAUCAUUAGUUUAAUCGAAGAAUUUCCACAGCUAGGUCAGAGAUCUUUUCAUUGU